UAGAAUCACACGGUAUGCAGUAUCUACUUUUUGCUGUCACAGAGUUAAAUUAAAAUGCAACAUUGUGCUUCCUUCUUGACCAUUCUAUAAUAUAGCGGAAAUAUUUGGCGGGUGAUGAAUUCUGCAUCUGGAGACUAAGUUAGACAAAAACUGACCACCAAAAUGGAUUCCACAAGGAAGGAUUUUAAGUUUGACUGGGUCGAGUACUCCACUGUUGCUAUGAUGCUGCUUUUCUCAGUUAUGAUCGGAAUUUAUUAUACAUUCUUCAAAAAACAAGACACAUACACAGAGUAUAUGCUGGGAGGAAAGAAAAUGGGAGUGUUUCCCGUUUCUAUGUCUCUUGUCGCAAGCUUUAUUUCAGGCAUUACUCUUAUGGGAGUUCCUGUGGAAAUAUACGUAUAUGGAACACAAUACAUGAUAAGCAACAUCGCCAAUAUCAUUGUAUUUUCUGUGACUGGAAUCUUUUAUUUGCCAGUGUAUUACAAGCUCCAACUCAACUCAGUUUUUGAGUAUUUGGAGCUAAGAUUUAGUCGGACUGUUCGAAUAAUGGGUUCACUGAUGUAUUCGACUACAUUGAUUUUAUAUUUGCCAGUUGUAAUGUAUGUUCCUGCUCUUGCAUUUAAUCAAGUUACAGAUGUACCUGUUCAUGUCAUAACACCGAUCAUAUGCAUAUCCUGUCUAUUUUACACUGCUUUUGGUGGUUUGAAAGCAGUAUUAUGGACAGACGCUUUACAAAACACAUUCAUGUUUCUUGCUGUGAUAUUCAUUCUAGUCCUGGGGUGCAACAGAGUAGGAGGUAUACAAGAAAUCUUAAGAAUUACCAGAGAAGGCAGUAGAUUGGAGUUUUUUAAUUUGGAUCCAAGUCCAUUUACUCGCAAUACUUUCUGGAAUGUUAUUCUGGGAAACAUGUUUAUUUUCCUAACAAAUAUUGCAGCCAACCCUGGUUCAGUGCAGAGAUUCUUGUCUGUUCCAUCACUGAAGAAAGCUAGACUGGUGCUGCUUGUGAGCUGCAUUGGGUUCUACGCUAUCAACAAUCUCGCCAUGUGCCUGGGACUGGUCCUGUACGCCAGAUAUCACGGCUGUGAUCCUGUAGCAGCGGGGAUGAUCAAGAGCCACACGCAGAUGAUGCCGUUGUAUGUGAUGGAAGUGGGAAAAGACUACCCAGGGUUGGCAGGACUGUUUAUGUCUGGCGUGCUCAGCGCUGCUCUCAGCACAAUGUCCUCAUGGCUGAACACCGUGGGAGGAACACUGUAUAAAGACAUCAAGGAAGUAUUCUUUCCCAAUGUUGAACAUUCAGAGUCAAAACAAUCUACCAUCAUCAAGAUCAUCAUAUUGGUACUGGGGGCCUUGGUGGUGGCUCUAGUGGCUGUUGUGGAGAGCCUUGGAACAGUGCUACAGGUAGCAAACAGCUUGCUGGGUAUCAUGUAUGGAUCUUUCUUGGCAUUGUUUACAGUUGGAAUAUUCAUCCCACGAGUUAACAAUAAGGGAGCAAUUUGUGGGACAAUAGCCAGUCUUGUACUAACUGGGUGGAUUGUUUUCAACGCUCAAUACGCAGUUUUACAGGGAAAACUUAGGUUCCCUGGCAAAAUUACAAGUAUUGAUGAAUGCCCACGAAGUGUCAUUGACCACUACUAUUCAAAUGUGUCUCUAUUAUUCAACUAUACAGGAUAUGGUAGUCCAGUUAUUGCUGAUAUGUCUACACCUGUUAUUUAUAAACUGUCGUAUUGGUACUACAUUGUGCUAGGUUCACUUACUGGUAUUGUUGUGGGAUUUAUUGUUUCUUUAUUGACUUCAAGUCCUGACAUAACCUCGCUCAACCCUGAUCUUUUCUCUCCGUAUGUUUUUAGACUUACUCAUGAAAAACACUCUGAUCAGUGUAACCAAGAAUUUCAAUUGAGUAAUCGAGACAAAACUGAACAUAUUCACGAGGCUUUGUAAAAUACUACCUAUAAUUUAUUUUUAAGUAAUAGGUAGUUUAAAGGAAAGCUAAGUGUCUGAUUAGUUUUUGUUGAAAAGGGAAUAGAGUUCAGCUAGCUUACCUGAGAAAUUUAAGGGUCCAGAGGCUAAUGGAUACACAAUAAAGAACACAAAACAUAACAUUGCUAUUUUGUCUCGAUUAUAUUUUACCUUUACUUGCCUCCACCAUCGAUAUAUAACUACUGGAUUGCGCGCUGUCCAUAAGCACUGUGGUUUGAAAUCCGGUCGCACACACGAGUGUGAUGCGGGAGAGUAUCCAUAGACGCGCAGGUGCUGGGUGGGCAAGAACUGAGCGACAACCAUGCGACUACAUACAAACACUGGCAGUUUUUUUAAUAUGAUUUGAUUAAUAAUUAUGAUGCGUAGUGUAAUUAGAUUGUUUUUAAGUUUCCUUUGUUGUAAAUUAUUACUUUUAUUGAAAUCCCUUUACAAGUUUACAUAAUUAUCCUCCUUUAUUUCCCACAUUUAAUUUCCCGCCUUUUAAUGCCACAUGAUAAUAUAAAUAAUAGUCAGACGCGCGAAUGUGUGAUUUGGCACCCUGGCUGUUUGUAUU